GUGGCCCCCCACAAGACAACCAACGCGACAAGAGAUCGGCCAGCGACAAGAUAAAAUGCAGAACCAGCCCAGCCCACAGCUGCCAUGCAAGGGCAUUUUAAAGACUUCUCGCAGCUUCGACAAGUCGGGCGCCAGUUUUCGCAAAAGUGCCAAGUUCGAUGAGCUGAACGUGCUGCAGACGUUCCAUCCGGCGGACAAGGAUUAUGGGCAUAUGAAAAUCGAUGAGCCAAAAACUCCAUACUAUGAGGAAACCAGAGACGAGCUGGACACAGAGCUUCUGGUGGAGAAACUUCGCAUUGCGGCCAGCACACAACAGUCUUCCGAGAGCAUUGAGGACGAGGGUUCUUCCGACGACGAUCUUCCCAUAAGCGAGGAUGAGAGACAACGGCGCCGUGAAUUCGAGCGACGUCGCAAGGCCCAUUAUCGUGAAUUUGAGGCGGUGAAGCUGGCCCGUAAGCUGAUACAGGAGGAAGACGACGACGAUGAGGAUGAUGAGAAGAAUGCCGCCGGCACAUCGGACAGCAGACCGUCGGGCUCCUCUUCCGCCUCCAGCCGCUAUGCAAGCAGUUCGGCGAAAAAGUCCAGCCCGACAGCAACAAAAUCCCCGUCUUCCAGCAGCAACAUGGACCUGGAGCCAUCGAACAACUAGGAGCCAAUAUCAGUUAAUCAAACGCAUCAAUCACUAAUGUUUACCUAGCCCAGGCGCCCAUCAUAAAACUCAACAACAACAAAAACAUUUAAAUGAAAAAGAAAAAGAACACGAAACGAAAUUAUAUCAAGUGCUGUGGCCCCAGAGAGUGAGAAGUGAAGGAACGCAGUGAGAAUGGGAGCAGAAGAAGGGCUAACCUUGGGCACUCGUGAUUAAUUG